AUGGUAAUUGCAUACCACCCAUUUAUUUUCAGAGGAUUAAAACAAAUCUCACCUAAAGAUUCUCAACAGGAAUCUCUGUUAAGACUUGUUAGAGCUGGUAUUAGUGUUUAUUGUCCUCAUACUGCCAUUGAUGCUGGCGUUGGUGGUGUCAAUGACUGGCUUGCCGACGGAGUUUCAGGGGGGAGUGAAAAUGAAGUUUCUCGUACUGUUGUGCAACAAGUUAAGAUUCCUGAGCAUCUUAGCGAGGAUCACAGUGGUGCUGGUUAUGGUAGAGUAGUAGAGCUAUCUGACCCAGUGCCACUAACGGACUUGGUUAGCCGCAUAAAAAAUCACUUAGGUCUAAAGCAUGUUCAAUUAGCUGCGAAUGAAGCACAUCUUAAAGGCAAACUUGUCAAAACUGUCGCUAUUUGUGCUGGAUCUGGAGAGAGUGUGCUUCAAGGCGUGAAGGCCGAUGUGCAUUUCACCGGUGAACUGGGCCACCAUUAUGCCCUUCACUUGAUUGAAAACGGUUCCAGCGCUAUCGUCUGUGGUCAUUCUAAUACUGAAAGAGGCUUUCUGAGUACUUUUAAGAAACAGCUUCUCGAGGAUUUUGUACAAAACUAUGCGAAUGAUUAUGAUGAGUUCGAUAUUGCCAUUAGUUCAUCCGACAAGGAUCCCCUUGUAACUGUGUAG